AUUUACAUAGUAUUAUUUAAACUUUUAUUUAUUGUUUUGAAAUAUUAUUAAAUGCUUCCAAUUUUAUCUUUUUUAACUUACAUGUUUAUGUUUUUGUGAGUGAAAAUUAUUUGUCUGUUGAAUAUUUAAUUUCUUAGUUUACCGGUUUAGUCCUGGGGAAACAAACACCCAAAAAAGAUCUGUAACGCGCAUAUAUUGCAACCUCAGAGGUGGUGAGGAAAAGCAAUGGGAAAACUUUAAUUUAGCAUCCCACGAGUUCAGGGUUAAGAGGGGUAUGGUUCGAUCGAGGAGAUUCUCCAGAUCACGAUUGUUGCCGCCGGAAACUUAUAGUUUUCGAGAUAUUUCUAUUUUAAGUGCAAAUUGUUAAAGUACAACCUUUUAUUUAAAACUCUGUGUCAAAAAAGGCAUAUUCGAUCAGGUGAUCACGGCUGUUUCACACACAUAGAAAAACAGCUGAUUCUUUGGCUACUUGUAGGCUUAUACAAAAUACCUAUGUAUAUGGAAGAAAGUGUAAUUCAUUGUUUAUUCCAAUAGUCAAACUUAAUUUUACAUUAAAAAAAUACAUAUUCUGAAAAAAAGAUGGCAGAAGAUAAGAAGCCCUUAUUCAGAAAUAUUGACGGGGAUGAUACAGAUCUGGAAGCAACGGAUAUUGAAUCCGCAUGUAUGAAUUGCUUUCGCUCAGGCAGAACUCGUCUACUUCUUACCAAAAUACCUUUCUUUAAAGAGAUUGUACUCAUGUCUUUUAAAUGUGAACAUUGCGGUUAUGAAAACAGUGAAAUUCAGUCAGCAUCAGAAAUACAGAAAAAGGGUGUACGCAUAGAACUUAAUGUUAAAAACGCUGAAGACCUAAACCGACGAGUGGUACGCUCGGAUUACACAUAUGUAAGCAUUCCUGAAGUAGAACUAGAAAUACCUUCUCAAAGUCAAAAGGGCGAUAUAACUACCGUUGAGGGCAUACUCGACAGGACGAUAAGAGGUUUGACGCAAGAUCAAGAAAAUAGAAAACAAAGCCAUCCAGAAGCGGCAGCUGAAAUUGAUGCUUAUGUCGAAAAGUUAACCUAUUUAAAAGAGAAGCAAAUUAACUUUACUGUUGUCUUGGAAGACAUCAGUGGAAAUAGUUUUGUUGAGAAUCCUUUUGCGCCAUCCGCGGAUCCGAGUUGUAAGAUUAUUCACUUCGAAAGACAAAAAGAGCAAGAUCAAAUUCUUGGUAUUUACUAUCCAGCAGAUGUAUCUAUUGCACAGGAAAACAAUGAUAAUGCGGAAAAUUCGAAAACUCAAAAGAAACAUCUCCUGAAACCCAUUGCGGAAGACGCUUGGGGCAUUGAUGAUCUGCAUGGCGAAGUUUUGCAGUUUCAAACAUUAUGUUCACAGUGUGGUUCGCCUUGUGAGACGAAUAUGAAACUAACAAAAAUUCCACAUUUUAAAGAAGUUGUUAUAAUGGCAACGGUAUGCGAAGUUUGUGGGUGUAAAACAAAUGAGGUAAAAUCUGGAAGUGGGAUUGAGGAAACAGGUAUUCGUUUUGAAGUCAAAGUUGAAAGCAAAGAAGAUCUUACUCGAGAUGUGCUAAAAUCUGAAACAUGCAGCCUUAGAAUUCCAGAAUUAGAUUGUGAAGUUGGUCCAUCGGCUCUUGGCGGUCGUUUCACCACUAUAGAAGGUAUUGUAGUAGCUAUGAGGGACCAACUUCAAGAUGAAAGUUUCUUUUUUCGUGAUUCUGCUGACGACGAGAGUAAAAAACGAAUGGAAGCCGUUAUAAAUAAAUUCGACAAAAUUUUGGCUUUAGAAUUGAAAGCAACUUUGGUUUUGGAUGAUCCCGCUGGAAAUAGUUAUGUACAAUCUUUGGCAGAAGGCGAUGAGCUAGAUGAAAAAUUAAUCAUUGAAAAAUACGAACGCACAUUCGAUCAAAACGAAGAACUUGGUCUCAACGAUAUAAAAACCGAAAACUAUCAGGAAUAAAACGGAACGAAACUAUUUACUUCUACUUUUCAAACAUUAAAGCGUAUGUGUUUAAAAAAUAAAAUAUUGGUAUAUGGAAAUAUGUACUAUGAUACAUAAAAUAUGUUGAUAUAUAUAUUAUAUUUAUAUUCCGCAAAUAUCUUUUUUAAUAAAUUAUAUAUUUAUAUAUUAUAUUAUCGAAUCUUACAUUAAAUUAUGGUAUUCCUGUUUCCGAUAUACGGUUUUUCGAAAUCUAUGAGAGAAAUGUUUCGGAUGUCACAAAUUUGAUUUGAAUUGGAUUAAAUACUGUUUUUAUUACCGAAAAACUUCUGAAAUAUGGCAACUAUAUAUUUUUUCACUGGCAGCUGUUCAGUGACAGUUCUACUACUUGUGUUGUGUAACGUUGGUGAUUCUCAUCAAUAUUUUUUGAAAUGUCUGCUUCAACUGCGCGGAAUGCCCAUGGUCUCCUGAAGCGUGCUUGGAACGAGAUUCCUGACAUUGUUGGCGGGACAGUGUUAGCAAUUAUAGGAUUAGGAAUGGCAGCGGUUGGCGUUGGUGGAUAUUAUGCCAGAGACGGUGAUAACCGACGAUAUAAGAUGGGAUAUGUUGUAAUGCGUCCCGAUGAUCCACGUGCAGAAAAAGUUCGAAAAGAUUAAAUAUUUAGGUUUCCUACUUCGAAAUGAACCAUUAAGUUAAUAAAAAUUUUGAAGCCAGAUUUGUAAGAAAUCAAACAAAUAAAUGUACGUCGCGUUUCAAGUCGGCAUAUAA